AUGGCGCUUGGAGACUUUGAAUAUAUUUGCACUGUUGAAGCUAAUGGGUCGAUCCCAGUCUCCAAAUAUAAAUCCAAGAAGACAGGACUAACCGUAUUUCUUGCUGCUGUCGAUGGACCCAUUGUCAAUGGAUAUUUCUGUCUGGCUACUGAAGCUCAUGAUGACGAUGGUCUUCCUCACACACUGGAGCACCUCGUAUUCUUAGGGAGUGAAGAUUAUCCCUAUAAGGGAGUACUUGAUUUGUUAGCUAACCGCUGCCUUGCAUCUGGUACCAAUGCCUGGACUGAUACAGAUAACACUUGUUACACAGUCACCAUGGCUGGUAGUGAGGGCUUUUGUAACCUAUUGCCAAUUUAUCUGGAUCAUGUUUUGUAUCCAACACUGCCUAAAUCUGGUUACAUUACUGAAGUGCAUCAUAUAGAUGAGAAUGGUGAAGAUGCUGGUGUUGUUUACUGUGAAAUGCAAGCCCGUCAGAACACUGGUGAGAGCCUCACUUACCUUGCUAUGUUGCGUCAUAUGUAUCCUGGCUGCUGUGGCUACAAAUCGGAAACUGGUGGCAUUAUUGAGAAUAUCCGUUCCAGCACCACUCAUAAAAAGGUCUGCGACUAUCACAAGGCUUUUUAUCGCUCUGAGAAUUUGUGUCUGAUCAUUACGGGUCAAGCAAAGCCUGAAGACAUUUUCACGCAGCUUAAGAAGUUUGAAAACAAAAUCAUCAGUAAGAACAAUACCGUGUCAUUUACAAAACCCUGGCAGUCUCAGUGGAUCCAUUAG